AUGCUUGUUUCAAAUGUGGUGGUUUUGGGCAUCUCAUUAAAGAUUGUCCAAUUUGAGAAGAUAGAGUGUCGGUUCGGUCCUGAACUACUAUGCAGGGAUCCCGAGCGGCCAGUAACUUCUCAAGGGGAAAUUUUAGAGGUGGAUCUAGCAAGGGACGAGGACGUGAUUCUGAGGUCCGAGGGCAUACAGUUGGUCAAAUGA